GCCAAGAAGAAGCUCAUGCCAUUAAUCCAGUUCUAUUUCAUGAUCAACUCAAAAUGGCUGGUGAGAAAGAAGCUUCGAGGAGGGGUCUGGACUUGGAAUGGCAAGUGACAGUUUCCGGCGCCGCUGGCUCAUCGGUGAAGACAGAGGCUCAGUCGCCACUCGCGGUUCUGUGGGUUUGUAAUCUGGUGUCAGGCUUGAGGCUGAAGGCCUGGAGCUUGGGGAGGAGAGUGUGGCAGAUCGGCGCUGAUGAUCCGAGAAAGGUCAUCCAUGGCAUGAAAGUGGGGCUCGCAUUGGUUCUGACCUCUGUUUUCUACUACACCAGGCCGCUGUACGAUGGAGUCGGUGGCACUGCUAUGUGGGCUGUGAUGACAGUGGUGGUGGUCUUUGAGUACACAGUAGGUGGCACCUUGUACAAAGGACUCAACAGGGCUACUGCGACAGUGAGCGCUGGAUCUCUAGCGUUUGGCAUCCACUGGCUCGCCAUCAAAUCUGGCAAAACUGCAGAUCACAUCAUUCUCGGAACCUCAAUCUUCAUAUUAUCCUCUGCCGCAACGUUCUUCAGGUUCAUUCCGACCCUCAAAGCCCGAUUCGACUACGGACUCAUGAUCUUCAUCUUGACCUUCAACUUGGUGGCCGUGUCCGGCUAUCGCGUCGACCAGCUGCUGGCCUUGGCCCAGUGGCGGUUCUGCACCAUCACGCUCGGCUUCUGCAUCUGCCUCACCGUGUGCAUUGUCGUCCGGCCAGUCUGGGCCGGGGAGGAGCUCCAUUGCCUCACCACUCGCAACAUGGAAAAGCUCGCAGAGUCCCUACAAGAGUCAGUAGCUGAAUACCUCAAGGAGGAGCAGGAGGAGGAGGAAGACAGCGAGGAGUGCAAGCACACGUGCAGUAGUCAGAAACUACAAGGAUUCAAAUGCGUUCUUAACUCCAAGGCAUCUGAGGAUUCACUGGCAAACCUAGCGAGAUGGGAGCCUCCUCAUGGUCGUUUCUCGUAUGGGCAUCCAUGGAGGCAGUACCUCAAGAUCGGCGCAGCCAUGCGCCACUGCGCCUACUGCAUCGAAUCGCUGACGAAUUGCUGCAUAAGCUCUGAGAAUCUGGAGCUGCCUGAUUCAGUAAGGAGCCAUCUCGCCGAUGCGUACCUGAAACUGAGCUCGGACUCGGCGAAGGUUCUGAAAGAGUUGGCCGGAUCGUUCAAGUCGAUGAGGAAGCCGUCGAGCGUGAAUUAUCUGGUCAAGGACAUGAAGAACACGGCGGAUGAGCUUCAAACUGCACUGAGCUCUGUCCCGCAAGAAGCAACUGUGCUGAUCAUGGAGACCUUACCUCUCAUCACGGUGGCUUCUCUGCUUAUUGAGAUAUCGAAGAGAGUCGAAGGGGUUGCGGUCGCGACAAAGGGGGUGACUGGACUGUCUUGCUUCAGGCCUUCUGACGGCGAUGAUGAACUCAAGGUCCUGAACAAGGUGGUUCCUGCCAUGGCUUGAGACGUGUGUCUCUGCCGUGUACUGCCAAAUUGAGAGUAGUUUUCUGUGUGAAUCUAGUGCUCUGAAACAGCGCUGAGAAUAAUAAUGCAUUUGGGACAACCUCCAUAGUUACAAAGCUUUAACAAUUAAAUAUGUCUUAUAUGCUCACAAAUAACU